UUAUUUAAUAAGCGCCAUUUACACAACAAGUGGAAAUUUAUCGUCUCCACCUGUUGGCAGUGGCCAUAUCUUGUUGGUAAAAUUCAACGAAUAAGAAAAUGAUAACGAUUAGUUAUAUCAAUUUACUGAUACGGCAUACAUUUAUUUGAAUAAUGUAAAUAUCUGGAUAAGGUGUAUAAUCUAGGACAAGUUGAGGUCAUACGAGACUACAAGUUACAUAAAUUGGUAAGUCGGUAAAGAGGCAAAAUACUAUAAACUGUUAUACAAGCUACUGUUAUCCAGACUUCAUUUACACAACGUUAUGUCAGGUAAAACUGCUGAAACUAAUCUUGAUGAAGGUGUAUUAAACAAUGAUGAAUGGAAAAAUCGUUGGGUUGUGAGGAAUAUUGGAUUUCAUCAAAGUCAGCAUGAUGGACUUCUUGAUGCCAAAGAAGAUGAAAUGUUCGGUGGUAAAACUAAGUCAAUAUUCAUGCCUUUAUGUGGCAAGACCUUUGAUAUUGUAUGGAUGUAUAAAAAAGGACAUACUGUGUGUGGAGUAGAAAUAGCUGAGCAAGCAAUUAAGGAAUUCUUUGAUGAAAAUGAAAUUGAUUUUGACGUUGAAACAGUUGAAAAUAUUGGUAAACUUUACAAGAGUAAAGAUGGACUUUUACGGCUCUAUGUAGCAGAUUUAUUUGAUAUGUCAAGAGAACUUUGUGGACAAUAUGAUCUUAUAUGGGACCGAAGGUCUUUGGUAGCAAUCAAUUUGAUUGAUCAUGAAAAGUACAGGAAUUUGGUGCUGUCGAUGAUGAAGGAUGAUGGUACAUAUUAUCUGUCAACAGUAGAAUAUGAUCCCGCUGUAUGGCCAGGUCCUCCUCAUACAAUCUCAGAUAAAGUUGUCAAAGACAUUUAUGGUAAUUACUGCACAAUAGAGCUGCUCGAAGAAAAAAAACGGGAUCAACCAAAAGUGUCCGAGUCCCAAAUGGAAGACGAAAAUCCCCAACCGAAACCAUCAUCAGCUGGUGCUGCAUUGAAAACAUCAACUUAUGUAUAUGAUAGAUGGUAUAAAAUGACAAAGAAAUAAAAUGAUGGUGUAGUAAAUAUGUGAUAAAUAUAACACUCAGAGUAGUAAGAAUGAUAGUUGUGUUCUACCAUAUGUGAUUACCUUACAUGGUUAAUAUAACUUUAUAUGUAUUACACUAAUUAUGGUGGUAAUGUUUCUAUAUGGAAAUUUUGUUUUGUCAUAAAUAUUCAGAUAUACAAAUAUAAUUAUAAACUUAUCCAGGUUGUAACAGUUAUUUGAAUUAAGUUUGUCUGAUUUAAUUUUUUACAAGUGUUUGCUACUGUAAAACAGUGUGUUGCAUACAAAAAAUUGACUAGUCACACAGUGUUUAAGGUCAACCAUAAGGAUCAAAGGUUGAAUUUUGUGCAAUUUUGCUUGUCCUAGAUAUAAUUUGUUUAUGUAAUCAGUAAUUUUGUUAUCACUUGGCGUUAGAUAGUGUAAACCAUUUAUAGCUCAAAGGCUGAUAUUAUUUUUAAGUGAGCACAAAUAGUAAAAUUCAACAAAUUCCAUAAUUUUUUAUACUCUUGUCAUUUGACUCGGGGCUCUCAGCAUGAUGCUUUUGGCAUCUAAUUACAUGUAUCUCAUUUCUUGUCAGUUUUAAGCAAUAAAUACAUGUAUGUAACGUUGUUUGAAGAUGAAUUUUUAAUUUUUUUUGUACAUCAUAAAUAUAUUAUAAUAUGGAAGUAGAUACUGGUUUUGAUAUAUUUGUAUUACUUCUCAUUCGUAUGGAUUUAUUCAGGGAAUACAUAUAAAUUAAUCUAAAUGAUAAUAACUAGUUAGGUAAUUCACAGACUUUAUGAUAAAUUAUAGGAUAUUUGUUUGUUUUUUGUAAGAUGAAAUGUUUUUUCAUUGAGUGAGCUACAAAAACAGUAUUCUGAUGAGUGGCAUAGCCAUGAGUAAGAAUAUUGUUUUUACAAAUCACAAGAUGAAAUAAAAUUACAUAUUACGCAAAAACCAAACAAAUUUUCUUUUUAUUUUAUGCUUAGAUAUUAGCUUAAAUCACAUUUCUUCAAUAUUAACUUUAAAUAUUAAAAUCUAUUUCUCUUUAUUGCACAAUGCUUAAAACAAAAGUCAUGAAUGAGUGUUUGUUUAUAUAUAUAUAAUAAUUCUAGAAAAUGAAAAAGUGUCACCAUGCCAUUAAGCAUAAACAGUUAGUCUUUAUCCGUGAAACACAGCAUACUAAUUCAUUUAAGCUGUCCAAAGUGUCAGAAUGUCCACCGUAUUUAAAGUUGGGUACUGAUGUUGGGUUCAUUACUAGUUUUAAAAAAUAGUCUCUUCAUUGAAAAAUGUGAAAUUAUAUAUUGAUAAUUUCACUUUGAUAUUAUUAUUAUAACUUUAAUGGAUUUAUCAGUAAUUACCCACUCAAAGGCAUAAAAUAAAUGUUCAUAUCCACCAAUGUUACUUGUUUUCAUGUUUUUAACACAUAUAUUCUCCAUUCUACCACUGUUCAUAGAUUCAACUGAAAAAAAUGCAGUCUUAAUUAAGAAGAUAUAUCUUAGAUCUUCUUGCACUACAAUAGUAAUUUACCUGUUUAUUAUUGUAUUAUGCUUUAUAACACUAAAUUAUCAAGUAUUCAUUUGAAACUAGAUAAGUGUAUGUGGGAAUAACUUAUUAAAAAAAAAUUCAUAUUAAAAGAUUAGUUUAUU